AUGGACUUCGACAAGGAUGAGAACAUCACCUUCGACACGUCCAAGGGCGUCAAGGUGGUCAGCACCUUCGACGGCAUGGGCAUCCGCGAGGACCUGCUUCGCGGCCUCUACUCGUACGGUUUCGAGAAGCCCUCGGCGAUUCAGCAGCGCGCGAUCGUGCCCAUCACCAGCGGCCGCGACGUCAUCGCGCAGGCGCAGUCGGGCACCGGCAAGACGUCCAUGAUCUCCCUCGCGCUCUGCCAGAUGCUCGACACCAACACCCGCGAGGUUCAGGCGCUGGUGCUGUCCCCCACGCGAGAGCUCGCGACGCAGACGGAGAAGACGGCUCUGGCGCUGGGCAACUUCAUGAGCGUGCAGGUGCACGCGUGCAUCGGCGGACGGUCCAUCGGCGAGGACAUCCGCAAGCUGGACCACGGCGUGCACAUCGUCAGCGGGACCCCGGGCAGGGUGUUCGACAUGAUCAAGCGACGAAACCUCCGCACCAGGAACAUCAAGGCGCUCAUCUUGGACGAGGCGGAUGAGAUGCUGAACAAGGGAUUCAAGGAGCAGAUCUACGACGUGUACAGGUACCUACCCCCGGAGACGCAGGUGGUGCUGGUGAGCGCGACGCUGCCGCAGGAGGUGCUGGAGAUGACCACCAAGUUCAUGACGGACCCGGUCCGCAUCCUCGUCAAGCGCGACGAGCUGACGCUGGAGGGCAUCAAGCAAUUCUUCGUCGCGGUGGAGAAGGAGGAAUGGAAAUUCGACACCCUGUGCGAUCUCUACGACACCCUCACCAUCACCCAGGCCGUCAUCUUCUGCAACACCAAGCGCAAGGUGGACUGGCUCACGGACAAGAUGCGGCAGAACAACUUCACGGUGAGCAGCAUGCACGGAGACAUGCCCCAGAAGGAACGGGACGCCAUCAUGGGGGAAUUUCGCGGCGGCACAACCCGCGUUCUCAUCACCACCGACGUGUGGGCUCGCGGGAUCGACGUGCAGCAGGUGUCGCUCGUCAUCAACUACGACCUGCCCAACAACAGGGAGAACUACAUCCACCGCAUCGGUCGUUCCGGUCGGUACGGGCGCAAGGGCGUGGCGAUUAACUUUGUCAAAGCCGACGACGUCCGCAUCCUGCGCGACAUCGAGCAGUACUACUCGACGCAGAUCGACGAGAUGCCCAUGAACGUCGCGGACCUGAUCUGA